AUGACUGGAGCAAGUCAUUGGAGUGUUAGUAUAUCCAUAGAAGACUUCUGGAGAGGUGUUGGACCUGAAGCCUCUUUGAAGAGUCCUUUCCGUCUCGGUCAUAGAUGGCUAUUGUUUGUUGAUGUUGUGGGAAUAGUGCGCACUGUUUACGAACGCGAGAGAUUUUUUAUUGUUGAUUUGGACGAUGGGACUGGUUGUAUAACCUGCACAAUAUGGCGUCGUGGCUGUUCAAACCUUUUUAAUGUAUUAUCAACAACAAAAAAUUCAUUUGAUUUUGAACAGCAUUAUUUGUGUGAGCAACUUAUCAAGUUAUCAUGCAAGUCACAACCUAUUUCAUCUUCAGCUGAACAGUCGUCCAACUUACAUGUUGGCCAAAUAUUACAGCUUAGAGGUCGUUUGAAAUGCUUCCGUGGAAAGCUAAAGCUUAAUACUUAUUUCUGUCGUUCAAUCAAGGAGGAAAGUGAAUUGUUACAUCACAUAAUUCACAGGUACCGUUUACAGGAAGAAAUUUACUCAAAUCCAUAUGAUCCUGGUGUUGUCGCAGAAAAUAUAAAAAAAUCUCAUGUGGUUAAUUUAGCGAAUUCACUUGUAACAGAAUGUUGUAGAAUCCUAGUACAGGAUAAUGUCCAAUUGUUUACCAAAUUAGACUUAUGUUUACAUCCGAAAAUAGUUGAAUCUGUAACAGCAAACUGGAGAUCUUUGACUAUGGCAUAUGAUGAAUCUGAAACGGAUUAUCUUCGACAAAGUUUCAUUGAAGUUGAUGAAGGUGAGCAGAGUAGUGCAGCUGAGAAUAAAGUACUCAAUCCUAAAAAGCUACAACUUAUAGUUGCAAGUUUGAUUGAACGAUUAUUAAUUGAGGGUUGGAUUUUUCCAGCUACUCAAUCUAUUGGAGGUAUGCGGACUUAUUAUUUUGUUCAAGAGAAUAAGAAAUUACUCGAUGCUGUUUAUGGGAUAAUUUCUUCUCAAGGCAUAAAUAAAGAAAUAUCACUGCAUAAUAUACUACACAGUAUUCGACAACGGUCGUUUCCUGAUAGUUUGCAAUUAACACGCAUAACCUUAAAUGCACUAAAACAUUUAUUGAAUCAAUUGGAAUCUGAAAGUCGUAUAUAUCAAAGUAAUUUUGGGUGUUAUAGUGUAGCUUAA